AUGGAGAUUUCAAAUCCGACGAAUUUCCAACAUGUUACUCACAUUGGCCAAGACUUCAAAUGGAGUAUGGAAGAUGGAACCGAUGUCAGCAACAUUUUUAAAGUCAUCAGAAAGAUCGGUGCUGGCGGAUUUGGCGAUGUAUACGAAAUGGAGCACAUUCCUUCAGGUAUACACAUGGCUGGAAAAUCCGUUAGUGUCGAAAAAAUGACUCGUACAAGUAAAACUCACCUCGCAAGAGAGAUUGAUUUACUUCGAAAAGUCAUGUCACCAUACACUGUCCAAUACUAUGGUUCCAUUGAUUUUGAAGGUUCCCCGAUGAUUCUUCUUGAGUUUUGCAAUCGUGGUUCCCUUUAUGACAUCAUGAAAGCGAAGAAAAUGACAUUUUCUGAAGAUCAGAUCAGCGUUAUCAUGAAAGAUAUGAUUACAGCCUUAAUUAUUCUCCACAAGAACUUCCAUGUUCUUCACCGUGAUGUCAAAGCCGGAAAUAUUCUUCUUAAUAGCUCCUGCCAGAUCAAGCUUACAGACUUUGGUAUCUCCUGCCAAUUCAGCAGCACAUCAUCUCAAAGAACACAGACAAUUACUGGAACUCCUUAUUGGAUGGCCCCAGAAAUCAUGAACGAUGAUCAUUACGGAUAUCCAGCAGAUAUUUGGUCACUUGGUAUUACAGCUGUUGAGCUUGCCGAAGGCCAACCACCAUACUCAGAGCUUCCUUAUACAAGAGCAUUAGUCGAAAUUUCUACUAAAGGCUUCCCAGGCUUCCGCAAAGGAAAUAAGUAUACACAAGAAUUCGUUAAUUUCAUCAGAGAAUGCACAGUAAUGGAUCCUGAGAAAAGACCAGGUCCAGAACAAUUACUUAAACAUCCUUUCAUUUUAAGAGCAAACGAUCUCAACCGCGAAGAAUUAUUCAGCGAUAUCAUUGCAGAACCACUCGAUUUCAACGAAGUACUUAAGGAAGAAGAGGAAGAAGACGAAUAUGCUUCUGAAGAUGAAGGAAAAAUAGAAGAAAUCAUGGACCCAAGAAGUGGUGGAAUAUCCAAGGAACGUGCAACAAGAAUAUUAAAGAAAUAUACACAAGAAAUCGAAAUUGUCGAAUACCAGCCUCCAAAACCAGCUCCACCUCCACCACAAAAGAGCCAUUUGUUUGGAGAGUUACCUCCAGAAAUGAGAAACCAUCCAUUGAUGGUCUGGAUAGAUAAUAACCAGUUCCUUGCCAUUUUAUCCUUCUUUAUAAUAAUUCUCAUAGCAGAAAGGAUAUUUGGACCUCUUGCAACUAUUUUCAUUCUUGCUUCUAUGGUUUGCCUCCUUCUUUACCUCAAAAAUUAUAUUCAGAAUAAAUAA